AUGCGCCCGUCACUGUCGUCGUCUACAACGACCCCCAACCGUGGCGAAAAGGGCUGCAACGAGGAGUGCCUUCAUCACCGCCGCCGCCGAGCGGACAGUGCGCCGUUUACCGCGUCGAAGCGCCAGAAAACAGACGACAACGACGCGCGUCGUGGCGAUCGCGAGCCUGCGCGCGCGCCCGCGAGUGGUUUCUUUGUCCGUCUCGCACGUUAUAUUCCUAUUGUGAACAGGUUUGUGGCGGAGGAAGACGUGGGUACGAAUGUGGAUUUGGAUGUCGGCGCGGACGCUGGUGUUGAUGACGACACGGACGAUGUAGAGUCGUCGGUCUUGGAGACAUGUGGGAAGAUUCAGACGGCGCAAGAAAACUUAGGUGAAGAGGGCGAGGGACGGGGCCGUGAUGGUGGUGAAGAUGGAGGCGAAGAUGAAAAAAGGUGCCGGAAACGUUUGUGCCAGUGGAUGUGGAGAAGAAGAAGAAGAUGCAGCAACAGCAACAGCAGCAAGGAUACGCUUGAGGACGCGGUGGACGUGUCGGUGCCGCCGGUGACCCGCUCGACGCUACCUGCGGGUCAAGGGAAGAAGAAAUUUGCCACAAGACUGUCGCCUCCGCUCAAGUGUCGUCGUUCGCCGCCGUGUGAGAGCAAGCAAGAGAAGGAAAGCUCUAGCGCUGUGAUGGAUCAAGUGCGUCGAAUACGUGAGAAGCGUGAGGGCCUCUUCGGAUCAUCGCGACCGCCUCAGACGCCGAAUGCUGCUGGCACGCAGGAGCGACAGGUACCCACUUCUCCGUCGCCGCUCGACGUGGCACGCAAGAUCAUCAAAGAGAAAAAGAAAAUCUCGCUUGACGAGUUUGAGCGUCUUCAGCACCAGCUGCACGAACUGGUCGGGACAACGCCUCACGAACAGUUGACGCAAGCAUAUUUGUUAAUGGAUCUCGGGCUCCUGGUGACGCCAAGCUGUCCUGGCGUGAAGUCGGAGCUAAGUUUUGUGCCUAGUUCUAUUGCUGCGCAGAACCGUGGUCGUUCGGCCGCUCGAAGUGAGCAGAAACGUGAAUCGGGAGAUGAGGUGAAGAGUGAUAUGCCGUCCGGUAAGCGUCCAAGAACGCACGAGACUGAACCAGUGAGACGCCCUGGCGCUACUCAGCACGGACUCCUGACGCGUGAGGAACGCCGGUUGCGUAAGCCACGUUCGUCUCCGCUGUUGCCUAGGCGCGAUGCUGCUACAAGCAAGAUGUGUUCUGAUGCACUUGCGAGAAACAUUAUAUUGGUGCUAAACAAGGUGCAGAGCCCGCCGGCGGAAGAAGCACUCAAGCCGACACCUUCGACGACCGUGUCGGGGACUUCGAGAAGUGCGACUGCUGCGUCAACUGAUGCGCCUGCGCCAAGUUCGUCUCAGGUGACGUCGAUGACCUCUGCAUCGACUCCCACGAGAACUGUUCUUGAGCAGCAAGAGAUGGAGACGAUUGGUGGAUUAGGGGUUAUACUUCCUAUUGGCGUCGAAGGAAUAAAACACGCAGGGGCGGAUGAUAAGGAUACCCGUGUCCGAUUUGUGUUCUCUCCUUCGCCCAGCAUGCGCGAGCCUCCCGUGAAAGUUUUGAACCAGAAAACUACGAAGGAUGACGGCAAAAAGUCUGUCGCGGCCGAGGAGGCCACGAAGCUUAGUGCUGAUAUGCCGGCAGUUACACCUGCUGCUUCUCUCAGCGGUGCUGCUAAUCCUCUCGCCAGGUUUAUGCAGCUAAAACCUGGACAGUGGAAGUGUACUAGAUGCCGUGUCUUGAACGAGGCUACCAGUGGCAGAUGUCCAUGUUGUGGAACCGCUCGAUCUGAUGGUGGCUCUGCGGCAAAAGCUCGUACUGCACUGUUGGAGACGACUGAAAAGUGUCCUUUGACUGGACUUAGCUUUGGUACAACCACCGAAGCUACAGCGGCCGCAGACAAGGGUACUGCUACGCCGGCUGCUGGCUCAAUCACGCCUGCUCUCACAAGUUUUAGCACUGCGUCGUCUCCGCAACCGAUGGAAUCCACAGCGUUCUGUUGGGCACCUUCCACAACGAGCUUUGGUACUGCGUCGUCAGCUUUUGGGCCGAGCUCAUCUGGUGGCGCUGAUUCCAGCGCCACUGCGGGAGGGUUCGGUAGUACUUCGGCUGCUGCUCCCUCGACUCCGUAUGGCAGCUCCACGUCUUCGUUGCAAGCUGCACCGCCAUUUCUUUUCGGAGGAUUUAGUCAAGCACAAACUGCGACUACGCCGACAAACACCCAGCCGACGCUCGCUUUCAGCAGUGGAUUCGGCAAUGGCCCACCGAGCUUGCACCGGCGGUCCAAGCGGUGGAUUUGGAACUAUAUUUGA